GCCUUCAAAAUGAAAAUGUGUACGACUAGAGCACACGCUUCUGUUAUGAAUUGACUAGCAACCAGACAAAUACCGCUUAGAUAAAAUGGUUCGGGUACCGACGAUCAAAUUCAACAACGGCUUCAGUUUUCCCGUUAUCGGGCUGGGAACAUGGAAGUCACAACCAGGUCAAGUGACCCAAGCAGUCAGGGACGCGAUCGACUGUGGUUACCGCCACAUUGAUUGUGCCCAUUACUACCAGAAUGAGGGGGAAGUGGGACAGGCAAUCAAGGAAAAAAUCGCAGAAGGCGUUGUCAAAAGAGAUGACCUCUUCAUCACUAGCAAACUGUGGGCUACCUAUAUGAGACCAGAUUUAGUGGAACCCACACUUAGGUUGUCUUUGAAAAAUCUGGGAUUGGACUACUUGGACCUGUACCUUGUCCAUUGGCCAUGCGCUCUUAAGGAAGGAGAUAAUCUUAUGCCAUUUGGACCCGAUGGUGUAAGAGCUAUCUUCAGCGAUGUUGACUACCUCGACACAUGGAAAGCCUUUGAACAAGUCAACAAGAAGGGACUGGCCAAAUCCAUUGGUGUUUCCAAUUUCAACAAAAGGCAGCUGGAAAGGCUUCUGCAGAACUCAACCAUAGUACCAGUAACAAACCAGAUUGAGUGUCAUCCUUAUCUCAACCAAAAGAAACUAACCGCCUUCUGCAAAUCGAAAGGCAUCACGGUGACAGCUUAUAGCCCUCUUGGAUCCCCCGACAGACCCUGGGCGAAACCGGACGACCCUGUCCUCACACAAGACCCAAAAGUUUUAGCAAUAGCGAAAAAAUACAAUAAGACCCCCGCCCAAGUGAUUCUUAGGUACUUGGUUCAAAUUGGUGUGGUGCCAAUUCCAAAAUCCGUCACGAAAUCGCGUAUCCAAGAGAAUGUCAACAUCUUUGACUUUGAACUGGCUGCUGAAGAUGUCGCUGUCAUCGACACCUUCGAUUGCAAUGGAAGGGUUUGCGAAUUUGUGGAAGCCAUUGGCCACAAACACCAUCCCUUCGAGAACGACGAAUAUUGAGAGCCUCCACCCUCCUCCUACUAAAAUUUUAUACACACACUUCCUGUGAAAUUAAAAAAUACGCUGUAUUAAACUUUAUUUUUAUUAAA